CAUAAAAUCAGUAGGGAAUACAUGGGUAAAGGGUGAAGGGGCAAGCAUGCCAUAUGCACAUCUUGAAUAUUUACUGCCAAAUGAGACUGUAACAAGAAAACAAGUAUUAUAUCCAUAUUCUAUGAAAGAGGCAUCAAAAUAUUUAGAUGGAAAUAAGGGAACUGCUUAUUUUGUGCCCCAUGGGUUUCAGCCUAUUCUAGUGCCUCAAAAUGAGGAGGAUGAAACCAUACAGACGUUAUUGGAUCUAUCGGCACCGGCUAUUCAAGUAUCGGUUCCGUUAAAGCAGACGCUUUUACCACACUAUAUUAUCCGACCUAGUAAGAAACAAAAGCUGGCUAAACAGGCAUCUAACAAGAAUCCUCCACGGCCGCCUAAUGCCUUUAUUCUAUAUAGGAAGAAUCAGCAAGCGCAGAUUCUUCAACAGAAUGCUAAUUUAUGUAAUAAUGAUGUAUCACGCAUCAUUGGGUCGAUGUGGAAUGGGGAAUCGCCUGCAGUCAAGCAGCGGUUUCAUUUAUUAGCACAGGAAAUGAAGGAAAAACACAGGGCUAUGUACCCAAUGUAUCGGUACUGCCCGAGAAAAACUACACGCAAACGACGCAAUACUAAGACGCAGGAGUCCAUCAUGGGAAUAAGGGAAUCAUGGGUAUCAGAGAAUAAUUCAUUAGAUAUGCAGGGAGUAUCACCAAUAACAUCAAUACCAUCAACGACAUUAGAAGAAAUUGGAGCUACGGGACUUUGGGCAUAAAAUAAUGAUAAUUAGGAGAGAAAUGAUAUAUUAUUUAUUUAUUGUU